CACUCAAUUGAUCUGUUUCUUCCAUCUCAUCGCGAGUUCACAGCAUACAGACCAUCAUGGUUAAAGCAGUCGUUCUCGGUGCCUCUGGUGGUAUCGGCCAGCCUCUCUCACUCCUGCUCAAAGCUAGCCCCCUCAUUGAUGAGCUUUCCCUCUACGAUGUCGUCAACACCCCUGGUGUUGCAGCCGACCUUUCUCACAUCUCCAGCCCUGCUAAAAUCACCGGCUACCUCCCUGCAGACGAUGGCUUGAAGAAGGCCCUCACCGGUGCUGACAUUGUUGUCAUCCCUGCCGGUAUUCCUCGCAAGCCGGGAAUGACCCGUGACGACCUUUUCAAGGUCAACGCUGGUAUCGUCCAGACUUUGGUUAAGGGCAUUGCAGAGUUCAGCCCCAAGGCUUUCGUGCUCAUCAUUUCCAACCCCGUCAACUCUACCGUCCCCAUCGCCGCCGAGGUCCUCAAGGCUGCCGGCGUAUUCGACCCCAAGCGUCUCUUCGGUGUUACCACAUUGGAUGUUGUCCGUGCUGAGACCUUCGUCCAGGAGUACAGUGGCCAGAAGGAUCCCUCCCAGACCACCAUCCCUGUUGUUGGUGGGCACUCCGGUGACACCAUUGUGCCACUCUUCAGCCAAGCCAAGCCUGCUUUCGAGAUCCCUGCCGACAAAUACGAUGCUCUCGUGAACAGAGUCCAAUUCGGUGGUGACGAGGUUGUCAAGGCCAAGGACGGUGCUGGCUCAGCCACCCUUUCCAUGGCCUAUGCUGGUUUCAGAUUCGCCGAGAGCGUGAUCAAGGCUGUUAAGGGUACCAAGGGUAUCGUCGAGCCCUCCUUUGUCUACCUCCCUGGUGUGCCAGGCGGUGAAGCCAUCUCCAAGACCACCGGCGUGGAGUUCUUCUCCGUGCCUAUUGAACUCGGGCCCGAAGGUGUAGCCAACGCCGUCAACGUCCUCGAAAACACCACCGAGACUGAGAAGAAAUUGCUCGAAGUUGCCGUCAAGGGUCUCAAGACCAAUAUUGAAAAGGGCAUUGACUUCGUCAAGAACACCCCACCAAAGUAAACUCCAGUGCCACCCAUGACUAGUAGCAAGUCAGUCUAUUGAACAUCCUUGUUUCGCAACAAAUUGUUUAACGAGCUGGCUUCCAAUGCAAUUUAAGGACAUUGCUAACUUGUUUGUCAUGAAAGAUAGAUUGUGAUACAUGAUAUGACGUGAUGGAGAUAUAUGACUCCCAAUAUUAUGAAGCAAAGCCGGUGACUCGCUGUCUUACAGUUAGACACGAGAAUUCGAUAGCCGGUUCUGGCGUAUCAAUAAAUUGCCAGUUUGAAUGAUCUUCUUCCAAGUAGACCGUUUGCACGUACGUAGACUGUACUCUGAUUUAAGCAUGGACAUAGAGCAUAGUUCACGUC